AUGUUCUACAACCACGAUUUCCUCAGCAGGCCCAAGGGAGGCCUGGGUCUGAUAUGGGUGGCUGCGACGAUCGGAAGCAAGUCAAGCUUUCGCAAGCUCAAGGAUCGAGAGGUUGCGUCUGUCGACGUCACCGAAGCAUGCGAGAGCGUCGCGAGGCCAAGGGAGCCCAUGGCGCUGCGGCUCUCGAGUCAGCUCAUGUUCGGUGUCGUCCGCAUCUAUGUUCAGCAGACGGAAAUGUGGAUUUCGGCCGUGCAGAAUACACACAUGAUGAUACGCAAAGUCAUCAGCGACAUGUCCGCCAGUACCACGACCCACCUCGGCCCCAAAACGGCAGGAGGCGCCGGCUUGGGUGCCUUUGCCAAAUCGUCGGCCAUCGAUCUACCGGCUCGCGGUGCUGCUUCGCAAAAGGGCAUCACUCUGCCCAUCAACAACUACUACUUUGCAGGUGACUUUGACUGGGUGGGCAUCUGGAGUCUGGACGAGGAGCGUCGCAGAGAGCUGGCGAUCAGGGAAGGAGAGUUAGUGAGCCAGACGAGCGAGGGAGGAAUCGCGAGCGACAAGUUCGAGAGCAGCUUGCAUGGUAUCACUGCUUCGAGCGCGGCCUCGUCUGGAAUUGGUCCACUGGAAUUCUUUGAGGGAGCAAGCUUGGCAGGCGUCGCUCGGGCACCCCGUCAUACGGCUGAGCAGAGUAGAAUCACUUCUCAAAGCACACGGUGGGCUCUCGCGGGUAUCGGCCUCGAGGGACCAGAGCCAGAGGAGACUCGCCUUUCAGCUCUUGAAGCGGGUCCAGGCGAUGAAGGCAUGGAGGCCCACCUCGACUUGGAGCUCGAGCUUCCAGGAGAAGGUCUCGCUCUGCCUGAUGAUGGCGUGACGUUUCGAGACAGCAGGGAGCCCUCCAGCAUUCUUCGUCGUGCUCUCCUGAAUGGGGAUGAUGUGCAAAUGGAGGAUGUUCCCUUCGAUCUGGGCGGUGAUGACAUACCCGGUGACGGCGAGCAAUUCUCUUCUCCCGGCCGCCGGCCCCGGGAGGAUGAUGAAGACGGGGCAGUCGUCAGCAGGCCCAAGACCAAGAAAGUCAAGUUCGCCCGUGAAGACUCAGCAAUCGAAUUGAACGCCGAGGUGAUUCGUCAGGCCAGCGAGAAUUACACGACAGAAAUGCUGGUUCAGACCCGUACGGAGCUGGAGCGCAAAAGAAACCGGUCGGGAGAAGAGGAGGUCAAGCACAUGGUUUUUGGUCCUCUCUGGGUCACCGCUACACGCAGCUCGAUCCUGGCGGAAAUGUGGAACGAGACGGUUGGCUCAAGGCUGAGGGAGAGGCAGGAGCAGACAGCGACUCUGAAGGCUGCUCUUCUCACAGCGACAGCCACCCAGGAAGUGCAAGGCCUCGAGGUGCAGGAGAUGGGGCAGGAAGGCAUGCUAAUGCAGAGGAGCAGCCCUUCGGCAGGUCAGGGUGACAUUUUCGACCAGCCCUACUUCGACGACGACCAAUUCAUGUUUGCAGCAGGUGCGCCCCCGCCUGGAGGAGAGCCUUCCUCUAGCCGGCCGCCUAGCGAGGUGGGAAGGUCAGCUUCCGGUAGCGCCGAGAGGCCCCUCUUGCCAUGGACCCUUCCUCGGGAGCGCGGCGAUGUGACUGCCCUCCCUGGAGACGACACUAGGUCGGUCAGGUCACUUACUGUCGAGGGUCCGGAAGGACUCAGGCGUAUUACGGGCGAAGGAUCUGUGGGUUCCGAAGGGGUCUACUCUCGUCGUGCAUCUGUUUUCAGUCAAGGUGCCGGAUUCCUAGAGACGGGAGAGGAGAGCAUGAUGGCCUCGCAAUUGGUCCCGAGCCAGGUGCUUCGCGAGGAGCAGGAGUCGGAACAGGACAAUUUUUUCACCUACGUGCAAGACAUCAAGGCCAGCCUGCCCGACGACCAGCCCCUGUUCUUUUCAGAUGUGGCCCCUGUCGCUGAUACGUCGCCUGGCGUCGCGGCCCAGGCGUUUUAUCACGUCCUGGCGCUAGCGACAAACAGUCUCUUCAAGGUAAAGCAAGAAGAGGCUUACGGGGAAAUAGAAAUCACAAUCGUGUGA